AUCUUUCUAUCUUGACACAAAAUUAUUCUGAAAUUUCUUUUUCAAAUAAAUUCCAAAAAUGGGCAUCCAGAACUUUUACGGCCAUCUGAAGGAUAAAAUUCUGAAGACAACAAAAAAGGAGGAAGCAGCCAGGGAAGUGGCCAGCCCACCCCAAGUGCAUAAUCUUGGCGAGGAGAUACGUCUAUUGGUGCAUUCCAAAGCCUUUGAGAAUGCCUACAGUACUGCCGCCCCCUUUCUCUUUGCCAGCCUGGGGGCGUGGCCAGGCUAUUGGCUUUUCAGAGGAAUGGAUUAUCACGUACAUCGAUCGCAUGUACCAUUGCCCAUCUAUAUAAGACAGACUUACUAUCAAGCCAAAGUGGUGCAGCUUUUCAUUAUAUUGGCUGGAACCUAUACAGUUUUCAGAAAUAAUCGUAAUAAACUGCGAUUGAUGAACUCAACAUCUUAGAAACUGCGAUGAACUUCCUUUGGACGGUCCCAAAGAAAAUAGAAAAGCAGAACAUCUGGAAGCUGAACUUUUAAUUUGAGAAACACAAUUUAAACAUAAAAUAAAUUUCAGAAUCAGAAUAA